AGUAUUUAUUGUCCAACAAAAGGCGGCUUUUCCGGAUUUUUCGGACAGAUUAUGGAUUGUAGCCUUUAUUUGCUGUUUAAACUGUAGUUAUUACUCAUAUUCCCUGGGGCUUUGAGAAACAUUUUUUUACAAAUACUCUCAAUCAAUAAAUUACGUCAGCUACGUUAGCUGUAACCUGACUGCAAUGUUUUUUGUUACUGAUCCUCGUCUUGGCUAUUCUGGAAUGUGUGAAGACCCAUCUGUUUGUCGUGACUAUCUGCGAAAUGUUUGUAAACGUGGCAAAAAGUGCAAGUAUAAGCAUCCGUCAUCUGAAGAAUGCGAGAGGCUUCGUCGUUUCGACAAGACAUUUUGUCAUGACUUUCAAAAUUCAACCUGUCGUCGAUUGAAUUGCAAAUUUUUGCAUUACACAAAGGAAGAAGAGGAGGUAUUUCGGCGUACUGGUUAUCUACCCAAUGAUGUACAGUGGUCUCAUCUCUCAGCUUCAAAUAUUUAUGAUGAAAAAACACCAAUCUGCAAGGAUUUCGCCAAUGGAGCGUGUAAUCGAGGAGCUAACUGUAAAUAUCGUCAUAUCACCACCACACAACAACAGGCACAAGAAGUAGCAAAUCCUACUGUGUAUAAUCAAUCAAAUUUACAGGAAGCUAGUUAUGUCAGUGAAAACACACCAGCAGCAUCUGCACAUAUUGAUCCUUCUCUAUUCAGUAAUUCAACUCAUUUCAGUCAACCGUCUCUUAUAAAUAAUGCAGUCAUUGUAUCACCUGCAGAUUCAGUUUUAAAUCCUGUAAGCAAUGCAUAUAUACCUGGUGUUUCUUCACAUUCACUUAUGGGUCUUAUUAGUAAUACGUCGACAGGACAACCUACUCUGUAUGCUCAUUCAUCACUUGUCUCAAUUACCAGUGCUCCGCAUAUUAGUCCGUGUUCUUCUGUCAUCACAGUCGGUGCUAGUCCCACACAACAUCCAAAUGUAAUUCAUCCUCAGACAGCAUUGUCUGCGCCUCAUGCCACCUACCAUAUUGUUCCACACGAUGCUUCUUCACAUCACCAUCAUCAUCAUCUACUUGCAACAAGUUCAAGUCAUUCACAAGCUCCUACCCUAUUAACCAUUCCUCUAUCUCAGUUUACGUGUAAUGUGAGCAAUAAUAGUUUAAUCCAAUCACAGGCGGCUAUAGCUUGUUCUACACAACAUCAUGCUGUUGUCACUGGUGUGUUACCAGCUCAUCCGUCAAUAUCAUCGGCAUCUGCAACCUAUUAUCCAUCUUAUGGUGUAUUUCAUAUUAAUCAACCUCCCAGUGUAGAGAAUUGUGAUCAACAACAGGUGGUUACAGCGGCUGAGAUGCAGAAACAAAUUCAUGAAACUAAGUCCUCAAGAUGUCCAACAUCAGCAGCAACAGAAACAGUUAGAGUGACACCAGUUUCUGCUACAACGACAAAGACAGCGACAACCUCAGUGACAUCGGUGUCUUCGUCAACAACAGCUGUGCUAGCCGCAGCAGCAGCGGCUGGUUAUAUUGCACAACAUUUACCUGUUAUUGGUUCUAAUAAUCUAUCUAGUGGAAGUAAUAUAUCUCAAGAGCAUACUAAUUAUAAUAAUAAUAGUAGUAAAAAUGGUAAUCCAUCGAAAGGUGUCAGUGUACAUGAAUCAGCUAUAGCAGCUGCGGCGAAUUUACCAACAGUGUCGGCUGCCGCGGCAGCCGCCGUAGCCGCAGCUGCUGCAUUCGCUUGUUCCACUUCGAUGUCACAAAAUUCCAAGUAUCAUGCUAUGCUUCCAAGUACUCAGACGAAGUUCAAUGAUUUGGAUAUGGAGUCUAGUUCAGCAAUUCCUUCGCCUCGUAUUAUUACCAGCAAUAAUAAUAAUAACAGUAAUAGUAAUAACAACAAUAUAACCUUGAUGAGUAAUACUGAAUCAUGUUCAUGUCAAAACUCACCACACAAACCAGAUAUCCAUAGUAUUAAUAAUAAUAAUAACAAUAGUAAUAAUGAUUAUAACACAAAUAUGACUGCAUGUUUUCAAAAUUAUCCACACUGUUCAGGCAGAGAAUCAUCAUAUUCCCACGAUAAUAAUCCCAAUAGUGGCAGUAAUAAUAGCAAUAAUAACAGCACUUCAGUAGACUCUUUAUCUAAUCCUAUGCCUUCUUCAUCGGAAUACUUGAAUCCAGCGGAUGAAGAACAAGCUAAGACAGCAGCUGCUGUCGCUGCCGCAGCAUGUAUUGGUGCUAUUUUCUCUCAACCAAUGGCUGCUGCAGCAGCAGUUGCCGCCAGUAGUGGUGCAGCUGGUGGUGGUGUUGGCAAUUCAACUUCAUCAUCAGUUGCUGCAAUGCUCGGAAAUUUAAUUGGUUGUAAUGAAAAAGAUAUUAUGCAUGCUGUUCAAUCGUCAUCAGCGACGUUAUCACCGUUGUCGUCAUCAUUAUCAUCUUCGUCUUAUGGUGGUGGAGCAUCGUUGUCACAAUCCAAUUCAUCUAGACAUAACUGUUCUAUUAGUAUUAAAUGUGAUCAUGAUGCUACAGUUAUCAACCGUUGCCCACAGCAACAACAACAACAAAAAAUUUCUACAGUUGAUGAGAAAAGUUCAAACGAUGAUCAUCAAAAUGAACAUGGGGGUGGCGGCGGUGUUGUUGGUAAUAAUAGUAAUAAUAAUAAUAAUACUAAUAAUAAUAAUUCACUGGAUCAAAAUAAUGUUCAGUCGACGAAUACUGUCAACGCUUCUUCAUCGUCAUCAGAUCGUUGUAAGUGUACAAAUACCUUGCUGGAUAAUAAUUCACAUUCUCUUCAAGAUACAAUUACCUCAGAUUCAAACAGUUGGUCCAGCGUAACAACAACAAUGGCGUCAGCUGCAAAAGCCGCAGCUGCAGCUGCCGUCGCGGCUACAGCUGCUGUAACUGGUUCCGCUAAUUUCUUUCGUCUAACACAAUUGAAAAAUAAAGUUGAUCCUCAAUUACAAUCAGGAUCAGGAUCGUCAUCAUUAUCAUCAUCAUCCAGUUUGAUACCUGCAUCAACUUCUAGCCGUCAAUACAACUCCUCACUUCGGUGUAUUGAUCAGUCUAGGAAUCUUCGACUGAGUACUAGUACUACUACAGAUCAAAUGUCUUCAUCUGUUAUGGUCCAUGAUGAGGAUGAGGAUGAAACUGGACUCAGUGGUUGUCUGUCAACUAAAGAAGCUGUAACAAUGACAAGUGCUGCAGCGGCUGCAGCAAUGGUUGCUGCGGCAGCUACAGUCGCUGCUGAACAACACCAAUUGAUUGGAAAUAGUUUUUUAUCUGAGAUCAGUCAUUCAAAUAGAUCAGAGAAGCAAGAUGUACGUCGAACAAAUCCAGGAAAUUCUCGUCUUUUGAACACUGAAUGCGAUUAUCAUCGAGCAUGUUCCUCCUCAUCAUCGCAUAAUGACUUUGCUUCACCUUCAUCUUAUGAAAUAGACAGUCAAAUGUAUUCACUAACUUGUCAAUCUAAUCGUUAUUCUUCUACAAAACGGCAUAAAAAUAAACGAAGGCCUACAGUCGAUUGUCAUUACCCUGAUGAUGAUUACUCCAGUCUACAUCAUCAUCACCACCAUCGUCAUCAUCGUCAGCAUCGACAUCAUACAAGUCUGCCACGAUCUGUUGAUGAUGAUUAUGAAGAUGAUGAUGGAGAUACUUAUGAAGAAGACGAUGAUGUAGAAUCAACUGCUCUUAUGUCUCCAUCACCAGAAGUCACACCACCUUAUAAUCUACCAUCGAAAAUAAGUAAACGAGAUAGUUUAUUAGGCUUAUCUUAUUCGCGUGGAGUGGAGGAUAGUAGACCAGCAUCAUGUGAAACUAGUCCAGAUCCAUGGAGACCAACAAAUCGUAAAAUUGUUAUCUCUCGAACGACUGGUAGUAAAACUGAUCGCUUUGAAGGCAGUAGUAGUCAUGCUGUUCAAUCAAUCAAUACUCCACAUUAUGCCAAUAAUGAAACUACCAAUACCACUACUACUACUACGACGACGACUACCAAUCCUCGUGAUGACCUUUUAAACAAUAACAGUACAUUGUCUAGUUCCCAUGUGAAUCCUAUUCGUCGAUCACUUUCAACCAGUGCUUUGCCAUCUAAAGCAUCAUUUGAGCCUAAAGUGCUUAAAGUACGAUCAAAAUCAUAUCCAGCUUUAAAUCGUUUUUUACACUCUGGUUAUCAAAAAGAUUAUAAAUCAAGCGUCUUCCUUACAAUAUCAAAUUGUAAUCACAGAUAUCUUUCAACAGAUAACUACUUCCCUGUAGGCUCCAUUGUAUCUGGAGGUUCAACAUUUGUUAAACGAAAACUACGUCGAUCUACUCAUCGUUAUGCAUCUCGACUUUCUAAUAGUAAUAACACGAACAGUAACACUAAUACUAUUACUACUACUUCGACUGCUGCUAAUCGUUCUUUCCUGCAUACAAACACUCGAAGACCCUUAACAAAUGUUUCACCAACAUCAGUUCUAAGCGAAGAAGGCUAUAGUGGACGUGAUGAAGGCGAUGAUCCAGAUUUUGUAGAUCCUGAUUAUGAUGAUGAAGAAGAGUUGUAUGUGUUUUCUGUCCCACAAACAUCAUUAAAGCGUUCAUCAUCUCACAGUAUUUCAAAGUAUUCAACGAAAAGAAAGCGUUCUGUGUACUCGUCGACAUCAAGCGUUCAUUUAGCUUCAGCGUCAAUAAAACAACAAUAUGCUCUACGAGCUGAAAAUGCUCGUCUCCGGCGUAAACUUCUUGAUUUAAUGCGUCAACGUGGAGAUUUAAGAGCUGCUAAUGAAAUGCUGUUGGAACAAAAUGCUCGACUUCGACAAUCAAGUAAACGUGUUUCUGCUGUAGCUCGUAUGGCAGAGUCUGCGACAAAAUUUAUUGAAGCGCAUAAAAAAUCUCAACUUGCCCAAUCGAAUAGUAGCUUCUCAUCUGCUGCGAGUGCUGCACAGUCGACUGUCCCCUUUUCAAUUGCUCAAGCAGCCGCUGCGGCAGCGGUUGUAGCAGCUGCUGCUCAGAGUGAAACUAAUCCACCAAAUGUGACUGGUGUGUAUGUGUCAUCGCCUACUGCCUCUAUUCAUCAUCAGCACAAUUCACCGACAAUUAAUGCUCAAGGCGGUGGUGCUGGGGGUGGUUCUAGUAGUAUGCAUCCUUUGUUUUCACAAAUUGCUUCAGGAAAUACUAUUUCCACGGGCGCCAAUUGCCCCUCCUCCACCGCACCACCACCACCUCAUGCGACUGCAUUAAUUCAUCAUCCACAAGGACUACAUCCUCAACAACAAACUGGAAUCUCCAAUUACUACCAGCACCAGAUGAAUCGUCCAAUAGACACUUUGACUGCAUCAAUCGCCAAUGCAUCUGUGUCCCCCGGUAUGCAAAACUUAUCCCAACCUUCUUCAGCUUUCCAGGUAUGCCAUUAUCCUGUUGUAUCAAUUGCCAACGUCUUUCCUAAACUAUCACAAGAUGUUACAUCAGAGAGUGCAAAAUUAGUUCCUGUCGGUGUACCGAAUACAGUCACCCUGCUCUUAGGUCAGAGUACAACACCACAAACAUCAACUUAUGCUAUUCCUGCUUCAGUCUCUUCACAUCCUAGUGUUGUUCCAAUGCAAAUUCCUGUAUCUGUUGGAACACAUUUAACUCCAGCGGUUAGUUGUCCAUCACAUCAUACUAGUGGUGGUCCAGCCAAGCUAGUUGUGUCUGUAGCCUAUCCAAAUCAAGCUGUUGCUGCUGCUGCUGCCGCCGCCGCCAGUGUUAUGCCGACAACAUCAACUCAGUAUAUUUCACCAAAUCCUGUGAAUAAUAGACAGACAGACAGACGCCUGUGA